UUGGCGGAAGCGGCGCCUUGUGUGCCGUGGCUGCGGCCGCCGAGUCCGUGCGCGCAGCGUCCUGCUUCCUCGCCUUGCCCGGGUCUCGGCGCUGAGAGGCGGCGGCGGCCGGCGGGAUGGAGAAAAGUAGGAUGAACCUGCCUAAGGGGCCGGACACGCUCUGCUUCGACAAGGACGAGUUCAUGAAGGAAGACUUCGAUGUCGAUCACUUUGUGUCCGACUGUCGGAAGCGGGUCCAGCUGGAAGCACUGAGAGAUGACCUGGAGCUCUACUAUAAGCUGCUUAAAACGGCCAUGGUCGAGCUCAUCAACAAGGACUACGCAGACUUCGUCAACCUGUCAACGAACCUGGUUGGCAUGGACAGAGCCCUCAGCCAGCUUUCUGUGCCUUUGGGACAGUUACGGGAAGAGGUGCUGAGUCUUAGGUCAUCUGUCAGUGAAGGAAUUCGGGCAGUAGAUGAACGAAUGUCUAAACAAGAGGACAUUAGGAAAAAAAAGAUAUGUGUGUUGAGGCUUAUACAGGUUAUUCGAUCAGUGGAGAAAAUUGAAAAAAUCUUAAAUUCUCAACAUUCUAAAGAAACAUCUGCACUGGAAGCAAGCAGCCCACUUUUGACUGGACAGAUUUUGGAGAGAAUUGCCACAGAGUUUAACCAGUUACAGUUUCAUGCUGUUCAAAGCAAAGGCAUGCCUCUUUUGGACAAAAUAAGACCACGUAUAGCUGGCAUUACAGCCAUGUUACAGCAGUCACUGGAAGGCCUCCUGUUGGAAGGUCUUCGGACUUCCAGUGUCGAUGUAAUCCGGCACUGCUUACGGACUUACGCCACGAUUGACAAGGCACGGGACGCGGAGGCGUUAGUUGGUCAGGUCCUCGUGAAACCGUACGUGGACGAGGUGAUUGUAGAGCAGAUUGCCGAUGCUCGUCCGAGCGAUCUUCAGCUCAUGUACAGUAAGCUCCUGGAGUUUGUUCCCCACCACUGCCGCCUCCUUCGAGAGGUCACGGGAGGAGCCACCUCAAGUGAAAAAGGCAAUACUGUUCCCGGAUAUGAUUUUUUGGUGAAUUCUGUCUGGCCAGAAAUAGUACGAGGAUUAGAAGAAAAAUUGCCCUCACUUUUUAAUCCUGGGAAUCCCGAUGCCUUUCACCAGAAAUAUACCAUAAGUAUGGAUUUUGUAAGAACAUUUGAACGGCAAUGUGGAUCACAGGCCAGUGUAAAAAGAUUAAGAGCACAUCCCGCCUAUCACAGCUUCAAUAAUAAGUGGAACUUGCCUGUGUAUUUUCAAAUAAGAUUUAGAGAAAUAGCGGGAUCCUUAGAAGCAGCACUUACAGAUGUCCUGGAAGACGCACCAGCUGGAAGUUCGUACUGCCUCUUGGCUUCUCACAGGACGUGGAGCAGCCUGCAGAGGUGUUGGUCUGACCAGAUGUUCCUGCCAUCGCUGGCGCACCGUCUCUGGAGACUCACGCUGCAGACUCUGGCGCGGUACUCCGUGUUUGUCAAGGAGCUUUUACUCAGGCCCAUCUCUAAUGAAAGUGCCAAGGAUAUUAAAAAGCCUUUGGUAACUGGCGGCAAAGAUCCUUCGGUCACCCAAGGAAAUUGCGAAGACCAAGGAAGCGGCCCUUCCGAAACGAAGCCCGUCGUCCCCGUUUCCAGCACUCAGCUUGUUUACGUGGUCGCAGACCUGGACAGGCUUCAGGAUCAGCUUCCAGAACUCUUGGAAACAAUCAGGCCAAAACUUGAAGUGAUUGGCUUUAAGAAUUUUUCUUCUAUCUCAGCAGCCCUGGAGGACUCCCGGCUGUCUCUGUCUGCCUGUGUGCCUGCCUUGAGUGACAGAAUCACCCAGGACUUGAGUGAGUCUUGCUUCAGUCACCUGAAAAGUGCCCUGGAGGUUCCCAGGCUGUACCGAAGAACCAAUAAGGAGGUGCCGACGACCGCCUCCUCCUACGUGGACAGUGCUCUGAAGCCGCUGUACCAGCUUCAGAGCGGGCACAAGGAUAAGCUCAAACGAGCCAUAAUUCAGCGGUGGUUGGGAGGCGCUCUCUCCGAGAGCACGCAUAAGUACUAUGAGACCGUGUCGGACGUCCUGAACUCCGUGAGGAAGAUGGAGGAGAGCCUGAAGAGGCUGAAACAAGCCAGGAGGACCACUCCCACCACCCCCGCUGGGCCCAGUGGCGGCGGCAUGAGUGACGAUGACAAGAUCAGGCUGCAGUUGGCCUUGGACGUCGCAUAUUUAGGAGAGCAGAUCGAAAAGAUAGGCCUGCGGACAAAGGACAUAAGAAGCUUUCCAGCUCUUACAGAGCUUGUUGCUGCUGCUACGGACCAGGCAACGGCGGAGCAGCCUUAAGCAUCUUGGAAGAGCCCAGGGGAGAAGAAGUUGGGCCUCGCGCCUGCAGGGAAGAAAGCGGCUCUGUUCUCUCACGGCCUGCAGCCAAGAAGCGCUCGCACGGGUCCCAGCAACGCGCCAGGGCAGCCUCCCCCCGCAGCCUGUUUGGGUUUCCUUUCACCCAAAAAGAAUACAAAAGCCUUUUUCCGUUGUAUGGAAGAUAGUUUUUAACUAAGACAUUUGAAACUUUCUACUAUAGUUUACAGAGCAAAUUAUUUUAUUUUUAUCGUAAAUCUUAGCGUGGCAGAGCUGAUUUCUAAGAUAUGAUUGAAGGAAAUAUAUAUAUGAAUAUAAAAAGUCGUCUCCCUGAUCCUGCAGUUAGAAGUGGCCGGCUGCAGAGGGGUGACCAUACUGUGUGCAAAUGCCCUUCUCCACGAUGAAAGUAACUGCCCACUUGCUGACUUUGUAGAAGGCGCGGUCCUGGUGGCUCCCAUUCCCCCGUUAGGCGUUCAGGAACAGUGCACGUCACCCAGGCCUCUGUCAGGAGCGAGAACCAGCGGGGGGAUUGGUCUCCUAAAUAAAAGAAGAGUCUGCCAAAGCCUGUGUGCCUCUAAUGUGUGAAUUCCGCACAAGGCAGAUGCUCCUCAG